AUGAGUUGCAGACAGAUCUCCUCAUCGUUCUGGAGUCGCAACAGCAGCAGCGGCAGUGGCUGCGGCGGUGGAGGAAGCAAAGGGGGCAGUGGAGGCAGCAUGCGGUCUUCGUUCAAUCGCUCCUCCAGGGCUGGUGGAGGAGGGGGCCGCUUUAGCUCUUCCAGUGGCUUUGGUGGAGGUGGCCUUUCGGCCUAUGGCAGUGGAGGUGGUGGCAGUUUUGGCUCCAGCUAUGGUGGAGGAUCUGGAGGGGGCUUUAGUGCAGGGAGUUCCUGCAGUAUGUUUGGGGGAGGUUCUAAGGGCUUUGGUGGUGGCUUUGGUGGUGGCUUUGGUGGUGGUUCUGGAGGUGGCUUCGGUGGUGGUUCUGGAGGUGGCUUUGGUGGUGGCUUUGGUGGUGGCUAUGGAAGUGGCUUUGGUGGUGGCUCCGGAGGUGCCCUUGGUGGUGGCUUUGGUGGUGGCUUUGGUGGUGGCUCUGGAGGUGGUGAAGGUGGUAUUCUGAAUACCAAUGAGAAGGUCGUCAUGCAGAACCUCAAUUCCCGUCUGGCCUCCUACAUGGAUAAAGUACAGGAACUGGAGGAGGCCAACACCUCCCUGGAGAAACAGAUCCAGGAAUGGUAUUCAAAGAAGGGGUCCAGAAUCUUCCAGAAGGACUACUCUCAUUUCUACGACACUAUCGAAGACUUGAAGGACAGGAUUGUGGACCUCACAACCAGGAACAACAGAGCACUCCUGGACAUGGACAACACUCGCAUGACCAUGGAUGACUUCAGAGUUAAGUUUGAGAUGGAGCAGACCCUACGGCAAGGGGUGGAGGCUGAUAUUAAUGGCCUGCAGAAGGUGUUGGAUAGUCUGAAGAUGGAGAAGUCUGACCUGGAGAUACAGAUUGAUACUCUGGACGAUGAGCUGAAGGCGGUUAAGAAGAACCACCGGGAGGAGAUGAAGCAGCUGACGGGUCAGAAUGAUGGCGAUGUUAGUGUGGAGAUAAAUGUUGCCCCUAGCACGGAUCUCACCCAGGUCCUCAAUGAUAUGCGUGAGGAGUACGAGCAGCUCAUUUCCAAGAACCGCCAGGACAUUGAGCAACACUAUGAGUCCAAGAUGACCCAGAUCGAACAAGAAGUGACAAACAGUGGCCAGGAGAUGGAGAGCAACAUGAAGGAAGUGUCUCAGCUCCGGCACAGCAUCCAGGAGUUGGAGAUCGAGCUGCAGACUCAGCUUAGCACGAAAUCAGCCUUGGAGAAUGCUUUGGAAGACACAAAGAACCGUUACUGUGGCCAGCUCCAGCAGAUCCAGGAACAGAUCAGCCAGGUGGAGGCCCAGCUCGCUGAGGUCCGGGCGGAAACGGAGUGUCAGAACCAGGAAUACGGCGUUCUGCUAGGCAUCAAGACACGGCUGGAAAAAGAGAUUGAGACUUACCACAACCUCCUUGAAGGCGGCCAGCAAGACUUUGAAUCUUCCGGAGCUGGACAAAUUGGCUUCGGACAUGGCAAAGGAGGACAAAGAGGAAGUGGGGGCAGCUAUGGGGGAGGAAGUGGGGGUAGCUAUGGAGGAGGAAGUGGGGGAAGCCAUGGAGGAGGAAGUGGGGGCAGCUAUGGAGGAGGAAGUGGGGGAAGCCAUGGAGGAGGAAGUGGAGGCAGCUAUGGAGGAGGAAGUGGGGGCAGCCAUGGUGGAAAAAGUGGAGGCAGCCAUGGAGGAGGAAGUGGGGGCAGCUAUGGAGGAGGAAGUGGGGGCAGCUAUGGAGGAGGAAGUGGGGGAAGCCAUGGUGGAGGAAGUGGAGGCAGUCAUGGAGGAGGAAGUGGGGGCAGCUAUGGGGGAGGAAGUGGGGGCAGCUAUGGAGGAGGAAGCGGGGGCAGCCAUGGUGGAAAAAGUGGAGGCAGCCAUGGAGGAGGAAGCAGUUCUGGGGGAGGCAGUGGAGGCGGCCACGGUGGAGGAGACAGAAGGCCCUCUCAGUCCCAGAGCUCCUCCAAACCUGCCGACUGUGACGAAGAUUCACCAGGUGCUGGGAUGUCAAGCCCGCACCCCCGGGCCCGCAUCCCUGCACUGGCACAAUCCUUGCCAGGUCUGGCCAGUGAAAAGCACCUAUUGGGCUUCGGGAUGUCAGCCUUCUGA